AGAAAGAAAAGAAAGAGUAGAGGCAGACAGACAUCUCUUUUGUUUUUGCUUGAGGACACUUGCUCUGCUUCUGUCUCUGUCUCCUCCGUGUAUCUUUUGUCUUCUAAAAGAUGUAAAGAUUUGUAAUAAUCUCUCCACAAGAUUUCUCUCUCUGUCUCUCUCCUAUCACCGUCUCCACAAAACUUGAGCUUUCUCUGAGCUCUCUCAUACUAAAGGUAAACGAUUCUCACUCUCUCAACACUUCAAAUCUGUAAUCUUUCUAGGUUUUCUCCACUGUCUUUCUCAAGUUGUGAUUCUGCCAUAAAUGGGUUUUAAAAAAAAAAUUUAUCAUGGAAUCGACUAACAUAGAGUUUGUCUCAUUUUCAUUGUUGUUGUUGUUGUUGGUGUGGCUGUGUGACGCUGUUCUCAGUGGUGCAAGUUGGCAUAUUGUCAUUAUUUUAUUUUUAUACUAGUGUACAGUGUUAACAUUUUAGAUUCCAUCUUUGACCAAUCAUAUCUUCUUACAUCAAAGUUUUUUUUUUAUUACUUUAUAUAUUCCUCCAUGUUUUUUUCACUUUUAAAAGCUACUUCUAAGUUCAUGGAUCCUUUAUGCAUACUAGGGAGGAAUCUCAUGUCAACUCUUAGAGAAAAAAAGAAAGAAAAGAAUUAAAACAGUUGCUCAGAAUAUAUCUUUCUAGUUUUGAUUUUCAUAGUUUAGAGAGAGACUUUUACGAAUCUAUUCUUCUUUCUAUCUCCUCUGGUUGAGAAGGACUAGAAAAGGAGGAAAGAGAAUCUCAGUUUGUGGUUUCUCGUUAUGAAAAUCUUUAUCUCUCUAUCUUCUUCUUCUGUCUAGUUACUUAGAGGCCAAGAUUCACUUAUUUUGAUCCUGCAGGCAAAAGCUUUUCUUGCAACUUGUUGAGAGCUGCUCUGUCUUGUUAUGUGUCUUGUUUGAUAUAUAUAACUUCUUUUGGUUAACUUCAGAACGUGUGAAGAGCUUAAAGAUUAAUGGCUAAAGUUUACUGGCCCUACUUUGAUCCUGAAUAUGAGAACUUGAGCUCCAGAAUAAAUCCUCCAAGUGUGUCUAUAGACAACACUAGCUGCAAACAAUGCACUCUUGUCAAGGUUGACAGUAUGAACAAACCUGGUAUACUACUAGAAGUUGUGCAAGUUCUAACCGAUCUUGAUCUCACUAUCACCAAAGCAUACAUCUCUUCUGAUGGUGGAUGGUUCAUGGACGUUUUCCAUGUCACUGAUCAACAAGGAAACAAGGUUACUGAUAGCAAAACAAUUGAUUACAUCGAGAAGGUGUUGGGACCAAAGGGUCAUGCUGCGUCUUCACAAAACACUUGGCCAGGUAAAAGAGUCGGUGUCCACUCACUAGGCGACCACACAUCAAUCGAGAUCAUUGCUCGUGACCGUCCUGGUCUCUUGUCUGAGAUCUCAGCUGUACUAGCAGACCUACACUUCAAUGUAGUGGCAGCUGAAGCAUGGACUCAUAACCGUAGGAUCGCUUGUGUUCUCUAUGUGAAUGAUAACGAGACCUCUAGAGCCGUUGAUGAUCCAGAAAGAUUGUCUGCAAUGGAAGAGCAGCUCAACCUUGUGAUACGCGGGUCUGAACAAGAAAAUGAGAAAGUUGCUCGGACGAGUCUCUCCAUUGGGUCCACUCAUGUUGACCGUAGGCUUCAUCAGAUGCUUUUCGCUGAUAGAGACUAUGAUGCAGUGAGUAAGGUUGAUGGUUCUGGACUCGAGCCUAAGAUCACUGUUGAGCAUUGUGAAGAGAAAGGUUACUCUGUGAUAAGCGUGAGCUGUGAGGAUAGAGCUAAGCUGAUGUUCGACAUUGUAUGCACGCUUACUGAUAUGCAGUACAUUGUGUUUCACGCCACGAUUACAUCGAGUGGUCCUCAUGCCUCUCAGGAGUAUUUCAUCAGACACAAAGAUGGUUGCACUCUUGACUCUGAAGGAGAGAAAGAGAGAGUUAUCAAAUGCCUAGAAGCUGCAAUACAUAGAAGAGUCAGCGAGGGCUGGAGUUUGGAGCUAUGUGCAAAGGACAGAGUUGGACUUCUGUCUGAAGUGACUAGGAUUCUGAGAGAGCAUGGUCUUUCAGUGACUCGAGCUGGUGUGACAACAGUUGGAGAACAAGCGGUUAACGUUUUCUAUGUGAGAGAUGCUUCAGGGAAUCCAGUGGACGUGAAGACGAUAGAGGCGUUACGUGGAGAGAUUGGACACAGUAUGAUGAUUAACGUGAAGAACAAGGUACCUAGCAGGAGAUGGAAAGAAGAAGGUCAAGCUGGAACAGGAGGAGGGUGGGCCAAAACCAGUUUCUUCUUUGGGAAUUUGCUGGAGAAGUUCUUGCCUUGAGAGACAAGGUAACUUGUAUAUAAAUGUUGUUACAUUUGUGUGGAUAAAAAUGUACUGUAAAAUGUGUAAUAUGUAUGAUCUAGAAGGUCUAGUGGGAGUGUUUUGACUUGGUCAGGGAUUUUGGUUUUACUUUAGUCAUAGUAUGACCGUGAAGUCCACCGUUUGAACAUGGUAGAAUAAUAUGGAACUUUUCCUGUUGGAAGGUUUGCUUUUGUAUAUGAAACUCGGUCCUCGCGACCUUAUUGUCUUUGUCCCAAAUGUAUAAUAUCCAUUUUGUUAA